AUGUAUUGCAAUAUUCUUCUUGACUGUACAGGAAGGGCUUGUCUGCUUUGUUUGCCAACAUUCACGUGUGCCUGGCUCGAUAUCUCACGCACUUUGGAGGCCAUUUACUCGAAGUUCAUAGACACCAUGCCUGAGUCUAUCGCGAUAAUAGGAUACGGAUUCCGCUUUCCGGGAGGAUGUGACACGCCAUCGAAACUCUGGUCCUUGAUCAAAAGCCCCCGCGACAUAGCAAGCAACCCUCCUCCCUCCCGUUUUGACAUAGACCCCUUCUACCACCCCGUCAGCAACCACCACGGUACAACAAAUGCCACUAAGUCCUACUGGCUCGAUGACUCCCCUCGCAUAAACAUCGCCGAGUUUGACGCCGCCUUCUUCAACAUCCAAUCCAGGGAAGCCGAUGCCAUGGAUCCCCAGCAACGCGUCCUACUGGAGGUGAUCUACGACGCACUCUGUGCCGCAGGACAGCCCAUGGAACAGCUCCGCGGGUCUGACACUGCUAUCUACGUUGGCAUGAUGUGCGAUGAUUGGCAUAUGAUGCUGAGCCGCGACUGGCAAGCUCUGCCGAGAUAUACUGCUACGGGCGUGGAGAGGGGCAUCAUGGCGAACCGGGUUUCGUACUUCUUUGACUGGCAUGGGCCCAGCAUGACGAUCGACACUGCGUGUUCGAGCAGCAUGGUUGCAUUGGACUUGGCGGUACAAGCGCUCAGGAGCGGUAAGAGUAAAGUUGCAGUUGCGGCUGGGAGCAAUCUUAUUCUCAGCCCCGGUACGUACUCCUCUAUCACUAUGUAUGUCUCGGAGAGUAACCUGGGCAUGCUCUCCACGAGCGGCCGUUGCGCUAUGUGGGACAUCGCAGCAGACGGAUAUGCCCGCGGUGAAGGCGUGGCCGCUGUCAUUAUCAAGACACUGUCCCAAGCCCUGGCGGACAACGACCCAAUCCAGUGCAUUAUCCGAGAAACAGCUGUUAACCAAGAUGGUCGGAAGCCUGGUCUAACCAUGCCCAGCAGCCGUGCUCAGGCGGCCCUGAUCUCUGAGUGCUACAGGCGCGCCGGGCUCGAUCCUGCUAAUAAUAUUAAUGACCGUCCGCAGUACUGCCAUGCGCAUGGUACAGGGACUCAAGCGGGCGAUCCGCAGGAAGCUGAAGCCAUUGCGUUCGCACUGUUUCCGGUAGGGUCCCGGGCCGCUAGGGAGGCGCAUAAACUCUUAGUGGGUUCUGUCAAAACGGUUAUUUGCCACACAGAAGGGACGGCAGGCCUAGCUAGUAUUAUUAGUACUGCGUUGGCGCUGAAGAGCAAGGUUAUCCCGCCCAAUUUGCAUUUCCACACUCCAAAUCCGAGCGUGGCGCCGUUCUUGGACCAGCUGGAAAUUCCCACUACUGCGGUUGCGUGGCCGGUUGCCACUGGCCAACUGAUUAUUCUGGAUAGCUUUGGAUUUGGGGGGACAAACGCCCAUUGUAUUCUUGAGGAAUAUAUUUCCACCGGCGAACAGUCUGCCAAUUCCACCCCACAUACCCUUUUUACUCCUCUGAUAUUUUCAGCCGCAUCGAGAACCGCACUGAAACAAAUGGUCUUGGAAGCGCACACCUACCUGCGGGAUAACCCAGGUGUUAACAUGCGAGAUUUUGCAUAUACUCUACAGCACCGGCGGUCGACCCUCCCCUAUCGCACAGCCGUCGCCGCGCCGAACACUCAGGACGCAAUUGACACAUUAGCAAACGUAGGGCUCGAAGACUCCGGGGUUCGACAUGGUACAAGUCGCCAACCACCAAGAAUCCUUGGUAUUUUCACUGGCCAGGGCGCACAAUGGCCACGGAUGGGCGCCCGACUCAUCGAGACAUCUCCUUUUAUUGUCACCAGAAUCGCAGAGCUGGAUGCAGCCCUUCAGAGCCUCCCAAAUCCAGAUCACCGCCCCGGUUGGACAAUUCACGACCAGAUCGUUGCCAGCCCAGAAUCAUCGCGCUUAACUGAGGCUGCUGUGUCACAACCUCUCUGUCUGGCCGUGCAGAUCAUCAUUGUGGAUAUUCUUCGCGCUGCUGGUAUCUCUCUGUGCGGCGUUGUUGGGCAUUCCUCUGGCGAGAUCGGUGCUGCAUACGCCGCAGGCUUUCUAUCUGCAACAGAUGCGAUCCGCAUUGCCUAUCUUCGUGGUAUGCACGCCAAUAAAGCCGCCAGCCCUAAUUCUCGCGUAUCGUGCGGUGCUAUGAUAGCGGUAGGUAUCCCAGCAGCGGAGGCGAAGAGGUUUUGCAAGGCCCAAUUCGCUGGAAGGUUAGAGAUUGCUGCAGAGAAUUGCGCCUCUAGCGUCACGCUUAGCGGCGACGAGGAUGCGGCCCUCGAAGCGAUACAAUUCUUUCAUAUGCAGGGGGUCUUUGCGCGUCUGCUGAAGAUUAACACAGCCUACCACAGCUGCCAUAUGGCCCCUUGCGCUAGCCCGUACCUGGCUUCACUGGAUGCCUGCGGGAUUGAGCCUUGUCAGCAAGGAAAUACAAAACACCCUGUCUGGUUUUCAACGGUCUUCGAGGGCCAGACAAUGACUGCUAGUUCCGUCGCAAACCAAUACUGGGUGGACAAUAUGUGUAAACCGGUCCUGUUCGGGGGUGGUCUUGCGCGCGCGGUAGAGCAAAUUGGUCCGUUUGAUUUGGUCAUCGAGAUUGGUCCGCACCCGGCGCUGAAAGGCCCAGCCUCAUCCCUACUGAAUUGCGUACGCGAGAUGCCAUAUAUCAGCCUGCUGCGCCGAGGCACAGACGACGUACACGCUCUAUGUUCUGCACUGGGCUAUAUAUGGGCCCAGCUGGGCCCGAACAGCGUUCAAUUUGCUGAGGUAGAUAUGUUGCUAUCUAGUACUACGCGGAGCCCAGUCAUGCUUUCGGACUUGCCACCUUAUCCAUUCGACCAUGGGCGAAAUUACUGGCACCAUAGCCGCCUUAGCGAUCACUUCCGGCCUAGAACCCAGAUACAUCUGUCAAACCCUAUACUCGGUUUCCGUUGCUUGGAAGCAGCGACUCCUGGUUCUUUCCAAUGGCGCAACAUACUCCAGCCAACUGAAAUAGGCUGGCUCAGUGGCCACCAACUACAAGGACAGAUAGUCUUUCCUGCUAUGGGGUAUGUCAGCAUGUCUGUUGAAGCCAUACAACUCGUGCUCGCCGAUAUUCGGCCAAAUGACUCCAUACGACUUUUCAGACUGACCGAUCUGGAAAUCAGCCGGGCGAUAGUUUUCAAUACCGACGAUGCAGCUAUAGAGACAAUUUUUAGUCUUUUCCUGAUCGCCAAAACAGAAUACUCUGUUCGUGCUGAGUGGAGGUGCUACUCGAGUACUAGCUCAAGCAGCAUGACACUCAACGCCAAAGGCUGCGUGUCUGCGCAGUUUGGCAGUCCCAGUGCUGAAGCUCUACCCUUCAAGACAACUGAAUCAUUCGGCCUGGUUUCAGUGAAGGAUGCGGAUUUUUACUCCAAUCUCUCUCACCUAGGGUACAAUUAUGCACCGCCGUUCCGCGGCGUGUCUAGCAUUCGACGCAAACCCAAAUACAGCGUGAGCACGGUUGUAGACCAAUCAGCCUCCAGAUGGGAAGACAACCUUACUCUCCAUCCGGGAAUGCUCGACUCCGCCUUGCAGACAAUUUUCGCGGCCUGGUCCUACCCUGGUGAUACGCAGUUAUGGUCGCUCCAUGCCCCCGUUUCCGUGGCUUCCAUUGUCAUCAAUCCCUACUUUAGUGCACUUGGGCCGGGUGGGAAGCAGCGGUAUCUGUGCUCCGAGACCCUCAUCCAUUGGAAAAAGCCAACUGAUGUGCUUGCUGACGUUGCCAUGCGUACUGCUGAUGCGGAAUAUGCAUUCUUGGAGUUUGAUGGGGUCAAGCUCAUUCCUAUCUCUCCUGCAGCCUCGGAAGACGACAGGGCUAUUUUUUCGCGCUUCAAAUAUGCAUCGGCAGUCCCUGAUACACAGCUUGUCAGUACUAGCGGAAGACUUUUGAUGCCUAGAGAUGGUUGCCCACUGUCGAGAGACACCGGUGAGUUUGACUUGGUGGGUUCACCUUCUAAGAGGGUUUCAGCCUGUCCCAUUGAUGACUGUGCUGGUCGUAUCGUCUUGGCUAUCUCUCACAGGUACCCUCAAGCUGAUAUAUGUGAAAUAUGCGGAGAAACGGGCGCUACGCCCUCAGCGGUGUUGAAAGCCUUGGAUGGGCGAUAUGGCUCGUAUACGUUCACUGAUGUCUCCUGCGAUUUUGCUAAAAGUGCCAAAGAGCGCUUCCACCGGGAGACGCGUCCUAUGAGCUUCAAGGCCUUUGACGUGGAACGUGAUCCACAGAGCCAGGGCUUUCCUGAGUGCUCUUAUGAUGUUAUUAUAGCUUUGAAUAUUCGCUCCGGCUUAGGAGGUGUUGGGGGACCAUUAUCCAACAUUCGCCGUUUAUUGAAGCCUGGUGGUUUCCUCAUUGCCUCUGGAGGGACAUCCGUCAAGUCUCCAGCUGUAGAAAUGGCGGCUAUUGGCACGAUGUCCGAGUGGUCUAGCGGUACUCGAAGCGCCCGGUCCGGAGGACCACUUUUGACUCUGGCCCAGUGGGACACAGUCCUGAAGAUGACUGGGUUCUCGGGAAUCGACACUGCCUCUACAGAGAUAAAGGCAUCCCAGCGGGCGGAUAUAAUUGUUUCCCAGGCUGUUGAUUACCGCAUUAGCUGGUUGCGUGACCCGCUAUCGUUUGAGCAAAUGCCCCCGGGUGUGCGAAUAGGUACGCUCGCCAUCAUCGGGGGGACGACGUGGCCGGUGCACAAGCUUGUCCAGGACAUACUUAAACUCGUGGCAGGCCGGUUUCGAGAUACACUGGCGUUUGAUACGAUCGAGGAAUAUGCAGUGUCUGAGCUGGCUCGCUCGGUGGCUGGCCCUGGCGGCGUCAGUAUACUCUCUCUGACAGACCUUGACCGUCCUUACCUUGAAGAAAUGACAGGGGAAAAGUUCGAGGCGCUCAAGGCAUGUACCAGCGCACGGACCCUACUUUGGGUUACGUGCGGGUCACUGGAGGAUAGGCCUUAUAGCUACAUGAUGACAGGCAUCACUCGAACCAUCAAGUCAGAGAACCCAGCGAUGCAUGUUCAGAUGUACGACCUGGAUCCCAACCUAGCCAGCUGCAUCCAACCUACCACGGCGGUAGACCUAGCCAACAGCUUGCUUCAACAGAUCACCCUUCAUAGCUGGGGUAAUGACGCGUCGCUAUUGUGGACGGCAGAGCCCGAGGUAUAUAUCCGAGAUGGACGGCAGCUCAUCCCGCGGUUGGUUCCAGAUCAUGAGAAAAACGACAGAUAUAAUUCCCAAUACAAGUCUCUUCUGACGACUGUCGAUCCGUCCAACGCGAGGUUAGAGCUCGCAGCUGGGGAUGGCGGCAUGCUUGAGUUGCGCCAGUUGUCACCUUUGCAAUUGCUGCCGGGUCCCUCGACCGAAUGCCGAACCUUGCGUGUCACCCAUUCUGUUCUCCAGGCUGUGUUUGUAGGAUCUGCGGGCUUUCUUCGAGUGUGUAUCGGAAUCGACAUGAGCGCUGGCGAGACAGUGUUGGCUUUGUCGACGUGUGAGACAUCGCCUACCAGAGUGCCUGCUACGUGGUGCAUUCCUUUUGCAACGCCACCCACGCCAGUAGCCCUUGUGGAUGUGGCUGCGAACCUCAUUGCUACCCGUAUUUUCAGUUUUACUUGCUGGAAUGGAGCUCUCAUGAUUUAUGGGUCCGAUGCAGCGUUGCAGCGAGCGAUCCAGUCUAGGGCGUCUGACAACAACGUGCAUGUUGUUUUCACUACAACGAACGCCUGCCAGAAACACAUGCAAUCGCCACUCUCCGUGCGUGGGAAGCCUACGGUUCCAAAUAAUACCACUCUCUUCGUCAAUUUCGUGGAGGGUGUAAUCCCGGAAGUCGUUGAAUGCCUCCCUCCCGCCUGCCUCAGGCUGGACAAAGCAGCACUGGUCAGCCACACGGCCGAGAAAGAGGUUGAUGCUGCGGAAAUAGCACAUGUAUCAGACCUUCUACAGCAGGCAGUUAGUAGUAUCCCGUCUACAUCCUUGUCAAUGGAAUGCAUUCCGCUUAGUGAAGCUUCCUCAUGUGAUCCACUUCAGAAACCGCUUUCUGUCGUGGACUGGAAUGCUACUGCCGCUGUUUCAGCCAGAGUUCAGCCAAUUGAUACCGGUACCCUCUUUCGUGCCGAUAGGACAUAUCUCUUUGUCGGUAUGGCGAGUGAACUGGGACAGUCCCUUGCGGGCUGGAUGAUCGCACAUGGAGCGCGGCACAUCGUCCUCAGCAGCCGCACACCCAAGCUUCAGCCUAAGUUUGUGGAGGAGAUGCAUGACAAAUACAGUGCAAAUGUCACUGCAAUUGCACUAGACAUUACCUCUCGGACAUCACUCUACUCCGUCCACGCCAUGAUGCAGGCCACACUACCCCCAAUCGCCGGUAUCCUGAAUGGAGCUAUGGUCCUUCAAGACGCGCUCUUCACCAGCAUGACCCACGAGCAGUUUGACGCAGCAACGAUGCCCAAAGUCCAAGGCACAGUGCUCCUUGACGAGCUAUUCUACAGCGACACAUCACUCGACUUUUUCAUCGUCGCCUCCAGCAUCUCCUCCGUCAUAGGCUGGAGCGGCCAGGCCAACUACUCCGCCGCCAACCAGUUCAUGACCGCGCUCGUCACGCAAAGACGCAACCGCGGCGUUGCCGGGUCUACAAUGAACAUUCCCGCAAUUCUCGGUAUUGGGCACGCCGCCCGCUCGGGAACCUUCGAUUUCGCCUACUUCCAGUCCUUGGGUCAUGUCAAUAUCGGGGAAGAGGACUUGCACACCCUCUUCGCCGAAGCUAUAUUAUCCGGACGCCCGUGUCCCUUGCGCGCGUCGUAUGGCACCACGCAGGUUGUUAUGGGGAUAGAUUAUAUCACCGCGGCCGCGAAUCUGAAUAGCCCACUGACGCACCGCCGCGACGUGAAAUUCGCUCACUUCAUCACGCCUGAUACCCAAGCUGGUCGAGCGCAUCUCGCUAACGAGGCUCAUCCCACUAAGCAACUCCGUGUCCAGCUUCAAUCUCACAUACCCAGAGAGCCAACGACAACAUACACCGUUGUCUGCAACUCCUUCGUCAAGCAUCUAAAACGCGUUCUGCGUCUCCCACCAGACCACCUGAUCGACGAGUCCAUCCCUCUGAACGAACAAGGCGUCGACUCCCUUGUCGCAAUGGAUAUUCGCGCGUGGUUCCUCAGCGAGCUAGAGGUAGACUCCCCGACCCUGCUAAUUAUGGGCGGGGGGGCCGUUUCGGAUUUGGUAUGGAUGGCGGUGGAGCGAGUGCAUGGUGAUGACCGGGAAGAGUGCGCAUCCGGAGAUCAAACUGGUUUUUCGAAUAAGUUGUCCACACCUAGUCCCAGGUCGCCCUCUAGUCUAGAAAGGGGCAGCGAGAAGUAA